GAAUUGAUACUGUUAUAUCGAGAAUGGGUGUUUUCCCAUGCAUUUAUUACGGGAAAUAACCGAAAAAUCAAACAUUCUGUUUUCAUUUUCGUUUAAUGUGAAACCUUAUUAUUAUCUGGUGUUGUAAGAAAAUAAAAAUGGACUAACAUGGCACUGGUAAUUAGGCAUUUGCCAGGGAAGCUACAGGAGCUCUCAAGAAAUAUUCAAGAUUACUCGGUUACCCAUAAAAUUGAUAAGCUUGUGCAACAAGCAAACGAAGUCGCUCACUGUGUAACACACGCAUUUUCAGUCAGUGGAAACGAUGUUUUACAACAGAAGAAAAAACUUUCUAAAGUACGUUGUCCAAGUAAAGUGGAAAUUGAAAUUCUAUCCCAAACUUUAAUUGCAUUCAAAGGUGAUGUUAACAACUGCUUUGGAAAAGCUUUAGCUAUGAAAACUAGUAUAAACGAUUUUAUUGAAAUAUGUAGAGGAAAAAAUAAAUUGAAAAACAGAGAAAUAGAAGAAGCUAAAAUUGAAAUAUCAGGAUUAGACAGACAAAUCCGACUUGCAGAACAAGACAUCAGAAAGUAUGAAGAUGAUGCACGGAAUGAAGAACGUGGAGCUGAAGAACUAGAAAACCGUUCAAGAGACCUUCGCCGUGAAUCUGAGCGACAUCGGGAAAAGGGGGCAAUAUGGGGUUUUAUUUCGAUUGAUGUCGGGCUUGUAUUCGCUCCCUUUACUGGAGGGGCAUCUUUAGUACCUGCACUGGCUUCGGCUGGAAUAGGCGUGGCAGUUAAUCUUGAUAACGCCAAUGAUUGCGACCGUACUGCAGCGAAAUUGCGAGUCAGUGCAGAGGAUAAAAAAGCUAAAGCACGGAGACAGAGAGAGAUGAAGCAAGAAUUUGAAUCGAAGAAGAUUGCUAAGACCAACGAACUGAAAAGUCGUAAAGAGAUGGUUGAAAAUCUUUCAAGGACAUGCGACGGACUUAUCGAACUUCAAAGGCAUCUUCAGGCCUCAGUGUCUGGAUUUGAACGUGCAAUUUAUAUUGUGCAGGAUUUCCAGAAUGCAAUCCAUUUGACAGUGUUACAGGGCGAUGCAUUUGUGCUCUUGAAGGAAGUCUUUAUGGAAUGUCCAGAAGAAUUCCAUGACGAAGCACACGAAGGAUUGUACGACCUGAAGGUAAAAUGGACGCAACUGGAACAACUAUUUUUGUCGAACAGCGAUCAUCGAGGUAUCGCGUUUUGAAACAAGGAAUAUCUUAGGCCCGAGAAGAAAUUGGUUCGGCUAGCUUUAUAUAUCCAUAUUUGGAUCGGCGAGAUUUAUAUAUCCACGGUGGAUAAUAUGUCAGCUAGUCAGAACUCGACUUGAAUGUGUUUUACAUUAUUGUACAGUGCAAAUCAACUGAUUUCUCAGUCCACAAAAACGGCCAUGUUAUGCAGUAAAUCAUUGAAUACUAUGUCGAUAUCAAUACUAGUUACAGAAAGAAAUGUACUUUUAUGUUUAAAAAAUCCUCCUUAUGUUUCGAUUCAGUUUCGCUACUUCUUUCCAUUACAGUAUGAUACAACAUUAAAGUAAGUGUAAGUCAUAAGUAUAUAGGCAAAACAAUAGCUGCGUGUAUCUUUUAAUCAACAUUAUAUUUAUUUGUGCGGUGAUGUUUAUCUUUGAAUAUUUCUGCUAUUCUUGAAUUCUACUUAAAAACUAAUAAAUAAGAAACAGUAAUAAAAAAUUUCAAUGUUUGUCUAGUUUUAUUAAAAUUUUCACUUUAUCACGUGUUUGACGUCGCGGGUGUGAAAUAAAGUCAUUGCAUAAAAUUGCUAAUAAACUUAGUCUAAUAAAGCUUUGAUGCUGACGCUUACGUCGUUUAAAGUAUAGGAGACGUUUGUCAAAUGGCUCGCUUAUAAUUGUUAAAGAAAGCAGAAUUCUUUACGUUUCGGCAGGAAAAACUAAAAUGUGAUAAAAAGAAUAUUACAUCUGUGACUUUCCCCAUUGAAUGUAAUAAACUCGUUGAAUAAACAAUUGAUAAAAGAACCUAGCAUUUUAUUAUUUUAUUCAACUCGUUUAAUAAAUUCAGUAUGAAAAAACCACUCGUGUAAUAUCCUUUAUUUUACAAAUCAGCGAAGUUUUGAAAUAAUAUAAAACUUCCAUUUAAACACAUCCUUAACAUUGUGUUCUAACACAAACUUAAUUUUGUAUAUACCAAAUACAAACUGUCAAACAUUUAAAGGUAGUAUUUUAUAUUCAGGGCCAAUUGUAGGCCUAUGGAAUUGUUUGCCAAUAGAAAUCAAAUCCCCAUCUUCAUUUCAAAUCUAAUUGUAUGAAAUGGAUCGAUGGAUGAAUGGAUUUUUAAUACUAAAUGCAUUUCAUAUUUUUUGUCUUAUGCAUCAUUAUGUUCAUUGUAGAUAGUCUAAAAGGGUCCCGUGGAAGUUUAGCAUAGCUAAAUCGGUUACCCUUUAUAAAUAAAGAAUUUACUUUCUUA